AGAAACAUGGCGGCACAAGGCAACAACAGUUCAAGCUGUUGGGAAGCCCCGGGUGUUUAUAAACACCACGAACAGCGUAAAGUGUGCAUUUCUCGACCUAAAUAUAGAGAGGGAAGGGAAGCUAAGGCUGUUAAGGUGUACACCAUCAAUUUAGAGUCCCGUUACGUGAUGGUCCAAGGGGUCCCAGCCAUUGGAGUGAUGACAGAGCUGAUCCAGCUGUGUGCCCUGUACGGGGCUGUGGAGGAGUACAGGCCCCUGGACGAGUACCCUGCUGAGGAGUUCACCGAGGUCUACCUUGUCAAGUUCCAGAAACUCACCAGUGCCAGAGCAGCCAAACGACGCAUGGAUGAGAAGAGUUUCUAUGGUGGUGUGCUGCAUGUGUGCUAUGUCCCAGAAUAUGAGACUGUGGAGGACACCAGGCUGAAGCUGCAGGACAGGAGGAGAUAUGUCAUCAGGACUGUUCAGAAUAAAGCAAGAGAAAGGGAACAGACGGAGGCUGUUAACAAGGAGCCCACAUCUUCAGACGCAGCCACCACAUCACAGACGGUAAUCACCAGACAUGAUAAAACCUCUGACAGUGAUAACACAGAGAAGACCUCAAACAUCACCCACCAUUCAGGCUUUCCUCUACUGCCAUUACCUCCCCAGGAAUAUCAUUACUAUGGACAUAAAAAUCAACAUGGAGCUACACCAAUAGAGGACAGAAUGGGAACAUUAUAUGAUGCUAUCACUGACACAAAACAGCAGCAGACACAGAGUUCAAGCUCCGGCCAAACCUCUUCAGACAGAGACAGAGGCACAGAACACAGACUGACCUCAAAUCAGCCCUCUGCAGCAGUCAGAUUUGUCCCAAGGACGACAAACUUGGAGAACAGGAAACGCAAGAUGGCAGAGGGUGCGGAUCACUCACUGACUGAUGUUUCCAGAAACAAUGAGCCAUUUAUUGGGCCAAAGCUACCAGAACCUCCUAAACUGGACAUGGAGGAUGUGUCACUGAACACAACUGUAAGCCUGAUCAGGAACACAAUGAAAAAGGUGGAAUCAGUUCCAGACCUCAAACCUGUUGAGAAAAAGGCUAAGCCACGUCGUCGGAUUUGAUCAAGCGAGCUGCCUUGAUGCACAGAUAACUGCUACAACUUUGGAAAAUGACAAGUUUCCCAGUUUCUUUUGGC